AUGCAAAAUCCUCACCCUUCAUCCCACACUAAUAACAAUACACUGAUCGGUGGUCUUGGAUCAUCUUCGGAAUUAGCAACCGAUUCUAAAAAGAUUGGAAUUAUUAUUCCACCUCCAGCAUUGAAGAGGACCAUUGAAGUUACCGCAGAACAUAUUGUAUCUAGUAAAAUUCCCGAGAAACAACUCUUGUCAAGUAAUGAAAAUACAUUUAAUUUCCUCCUCCCAGAAAAUCCAUACAACAAGUAUUAUAAACAUAUUGUGGAAAAAUUAAAGAAAUUUAAAACCUUGGAAGAGGAAUUUGAGAAUGAUGAAUUUAAAGAUGAUGAUGACGAUUUUGAAACAUUAAAAUCAGAAAAGUCGGAAAUUACUGUUGGAAACAUAUCUAAGAGUGCCUCUGUUGCAUUUUACAUGAACAGAUCUCGAGAAAAACCAACUAGGGACCCAUUCGAAUAUUUCUAUGAUACAACAAUUCCUUCCUCGAUUAAACCUUUAGAAUUGGAUAUUAUCAAAUUGACUGCUCAAUAUACAGCUGCUAAUGGAAAGCAAUUUAUGUUCGAAAUUGCAUCUUUGGAAAGUAGUAAUCCUCAAUUUGAUUUUUUAAAGCCUAAUCACAGACACUUUCACUUUUUCACAAAGCUUGUAGAUAUCUAUACUGGAAUUAUCCACCCAGACCGAUUAACACCAAUGCAAAUUCAAAAGUACAAUCAAGAAAAUAACAUUCCAAAUAAUCCAAAUUCUGAACUUCAACAAAUUUCAGUUAAGCCAGAAGAUCACAUCUUUAAAUAUCUCAACAUGUUCUCAGAUAGUGAUAAGAAAUUACAAGUACUCGAUAUGCUCCUUCAGAAAGCUGAAUGGGAAUUGAUACAAGAAGAAAAUCAAAGAAAGGAACAACUUGGUAGAGAUGAAGACAAAUCAGUAUUCGACAUGAUUGACUGGCAAGACUUUAUUGUAGUACAGACAAUAGAUUUUGAUGAAGAUAUUAAUGAAAUUGAAAUGGACGACGAGGAAGAGGAAGAGGAAAUCAAUGAACAAGAAUUUGUAGAACCAGAGGAAAAUAUUUAUGAAAAUAUGUAUCCAAGUGGAUUUGCUGAUUCAGAUAUGAAUCAAAUGGAAACAAACGAAGAUGAAAAUGUUAAUCCUGCAGAACCAACCUUUACAGAUAUACAAGAAGAAAACCGUAUGAAUGAUGAAGAUGAGGAUGAGGAAGAGUUAGAUCCGAGUAGAUUUGCCAGAACUUAUCAACCUCAAAAAGGUGUCAAAUCAUCCACACCUCUCAUGUUUAAGGAUAAAAAAACUGGUGAACUCAUUCCAGUUGAUAGAGCAGAGAAACAUCUCAAAGUUUCUACAAUUAAUCCACAAUACUUUGAACAGAAAGAAAGAGAAAAGGCAAAGAGAGAAAAAACUAACAUUGCUCCAGGUAUUGAAAUGACCAAAGUUAUUGCCUCAUGGAAUGAAGAUAGUGAAACACAAGAAGGCUCAUCUGUUGGUACUGAUCAAAUCUGGGAUGGUUACACCUCAUCAAUUAUGAGAACAACCAAUGCUGCUCUCUCAAAGCCAAGAAAAGAGACAGCUCCUCAAAAUCAACUAGGUCCACAAACACCAACCGAAUACUUUAAACAAGAACAAGAAAAGGCAGUUGGAAUAGCACAAAUGGCUGCAACAAUGGCUUUGAAAGAAAUGAUGAAACAAAACCACGAUUCUACACUCGAAGAACCUGAAAGUAAAAAGAGAAGAGAAUACAACGACAGUGAUAAUGAAUAA